CGAGAUCACCUCUCGGAAACAAGACACAAACUUACUGUUAGUUUCUCUGCAUUCGACGAUAGAUUGCAAAUUCAAAGAAUACGCUUCAAAGACGAGAACUCGUCCCACGGUUCAACUCGAGUUCAUAAACGACACAAGUCAAACCAACGUUAACGUUCAGAACUCGAGAGUUGGAGCUUCGCUUUGUUGCUUCCGACUCCGGGCAGGUUUUAACGUUGAGAAAGUCCAAUCUCGGAAAUCGAAAUCACCCAAUCGUCAUGUCGAUAACGAGCGUAGAGUUUGGCAAGGAAGUCGAUGCAGCUGCUGCUCCGACUGAAGAAGAAAAGAAAGAUGACGGUUCCUCCGAAUCGGAAGGCAAGCCAAAAAGUCGUACGGUUGACUGGCCUUUAACGAACAUUCAAGAUCCGCACGAGAAUGAUGUCAUGUACGGGCGAGGAGGCGGUACCAAUCACCACAAAGGAAACAAACGUUACCGCCAAAUGGUGGAAGAUCGCAAGGUCGAUUACGUCAAUAGCAAGCGUCUCGACAAACCAAUGGUUGCGCUGGAAAUUGUCCGCGAAUGGCGGGCUCAGGAUCCUCCGGGUCGAUUUCUGAAGCUAGAUGAAAAGACCAACCAGUGGAAUGAUGUAGGGGACCGGAAAGCCAGGGAAAAGAUCAGUCAAGCACUUCGUGAAAAGGCUCCGCUUAUUCGCAAACAGCAAGAAGAAGAACGACUCGGGAAAGAUGGGACGCCUCUGCUGAGCGACGACUCAAGCGGGGACGAAAAGCGGACACGGUUUGCACAGGGGACAAAUACAGGCAAACGGAAUGUCACGAAAGCUGUUUUGGCGCGUGAUCACAGCCUGGGGCGCGAGUAUUUGGAAGAUAACGAAGCGGUUACGUUGGAUGGUUUCUCGUGGCAAGAUCCAUUCCAGAGCAGUCAGAGACUACCUAGUGAUUCCGCGUUGCAAGAGCGAACGCAAAGUCAGGAAAGCGCUGGAGCACGUCACAUGGGACCACCAGCACCGCACGAAACGAAUUCACGGACAGGAAGCCAUACCAGUAUUGGAAGUUUGGGAAUUCCCCCACAUGGAGGCAGACAUUAUCGGUAUAGCAGUCACGAAAGUAUUGUACACCUUCCACCAUCUCCCGGACGGUAUGCUCACAUGUCACAAGAAGAUCGCCACUUUCAAUACACAAAUUCGCAGGGCCGAUUCGAAAGCUGGGGAUCAGCGGCGCCACCCAUGCCGGGCGCAAUUCAUCCACAAGGCAGCUGGAGCCAGUACUAUUCUAGUAGGGAGCAUUCUUUGGGACAAUUUCCUCUACCUCACGCUUCCGUAAGCCAUCCUGCAACAUAUGCUGCUUUUGAUUCCCGCGCAGGUUCAGGUCACUGGGGUCCCCCGUCGCCGCAUGCUCAGAUUUCACCUGUCGGUCCAACACAAUAUCAUUAUUCAAAUGGAUCGGUUCCUCCAAAUCCGCUCCCCCAUGCUCCCCCUCCACGACAGCCGCCUCAACAACCUUGCCUUCCAUCAUCAUCGGGAUUGGGAAGUCCACCAUCUCCACCGUAUGAAGUCGAUCCGUCGGUUGCGUCAACUUGGUCGGGACAAGGUGUGGGAGAGCUUGUGAAGACGUUGUCCGGAGAGGAGUACGAUCGAAUACGACGGGAUGCAGCUUCGACUUCACCAGUACUGAGUUCUAAAAAGGACGAGCCCUAUCGUGUUCCGAAACCUCACAUGGUAAAACGUAUGACAUCCAAUCAUAACGAAACCAUAGAGACCAAGCCUGACUUAAUUGGCCCUUCGGUGAAGAGAUGUGCAUUGAACAGAGACAAUAGCCGUGCUUCCAAUAGACUGAAGGAAUUGAGCUUUCCUGAUCAAUUCAAGAAUGGAAAGUUUGACACAGCGAAAGAAAUGAGUGAACUUAGCCAAGACAUGGAUCGUAGCUCUUUGACUUCCGUAACGCACGGGUGUGAAACACCAUUUGAUUUGGAUACGCCGCGAAUUGUUGACGAAGGCGGCGGUGGUCUUCCACCGAAGCCAAGUCGAGUAACGGAAAUCAACCGCAUGAGUACAAUCGAUGAGAUUUCCAUGGAUCUGAUGAUUCGUCCUGUCACUUUGUCCGCUAGUAGUAGAUCCACAACUAUUGAAGCGUUAUCGCUGGAAUUUGACGAUGGUCCGCCAUGGAAACCCAGUAGGCUCGAGCGAACUUCGACAAUGGAGUCUGUGUUUUCAGAUUUACGAGAGAAUUUGUUAAAGCCACCUACGCUUGGACUCACCGAUCGCUUGACAACCAAAGAUUUGGACGAAAUGAUCAACGAACCCAUCCAGGACGAUGAGUAGGAAUUACCCUCUGGCAUACGUCGAGUUAUUUAGCUACCAUGCGGCUAGCAACGGAAAAUGAAUGUGCCUCUUUAUGUCGUCAAAGGUGUAACUAGUGAUAUAGGAUAUAUAUUUUGCAUAAUC